AUGGCAGCCCUCACAACCAUCUCCCUGCCAUCGUUGCAGAAAAUAGCGUCUGGCAAAGUCCGCGAUCUCUUCAGCCUCCCUGACCCCGAUGCUCUGCUCUUCGUCGCAUCAGACCGUCUUUCCGCCUUUGACGUCGUCAUGGCCAACGGUGUCCCGAACAAGGGAGCCAUCCUGACGCUCAUGUCGGCACACUGGUUCCGCGUGCUGUCUGAGCGUAUCCCCAAUCUCCGCACACACUUCAUAAGCCUAGACAUUCCUGAGGGUAUUUCUCCCGAGGAGGCCAGCGCCAUCAAAAACCGCAGCAUGCAGGUGCGUAAGCUGGACGUUCUGAAAAUUGAAGCCAUUGUCCGAGGAUACAUUACUGGGGGUGCCUGGAAGGAGUAUCAGGCCAAGGGGACUGUUCACGGUCUCGCCAUGCCCCAGGGCAUGCAGCUUUCUCAGAAAUUCCCUCGCGCCAUCUACACGCCUAGCACAAAAGCAGAUGCCGGCGCGCACGAUGAAAACAUUCAUCCUGACGAUGCGUGGAAGGAGAUUGGUGACAAGGAGACUGCCAAAAAGGUUGAGGAGCUGGCGUUGGAGAUUUACAACACCGCUGCUGCGUAUGCGGAAGAACGGGGGAUCAUUAUCGCCGACACCAAGUUCGAGUUUGCGAGGGACACCGACGGCAACAUUUAUCUUGUGGAUGAGGUCCUCACGCCUGACAGCUCGCGGUUCUGGCCCAAGGAUAGAUACGAGCUUGGAAAGGAGCAGGACAGCUUCGAUAAGCAGUUUGUAAGGAAUUGGCUGAUCAGGGAGGGGCUGAAGGCCAAGGAGGGAGUGGCACUUCCGGAGGAUAUUUGUGUUGCCACUGAGGAGAGAUACAAAGACGCGUUUUAUCUAUUGACGGGUACCAAGUUUGAAGAUGCGGCCGAGAAAUAG